CCAAACAGGUUCCAGAGAUGGAUUACCUUACUUUCCUCUUGGCUAUUCUUUAUGUAUACAAAGCUGGAUGUGAACAGAUAUUUUGGGACACAACUGUUAAACUUGCUAAGAAUAUGGCCCUAGAAUGUGUGUAUCCAUCAAAGGACACUUUAACCCAGAUGGAGUGGUUCAAGAUCAAGACACUGGAGAGAGAGUCCAUAGCCAUUUUCAACCCUACUUACCGUGUGAUCAUAAGAGAGCCGUACGUUGAUAGGGUUUACUUUUCAAAUUCAACCACGGCCUCUAACGAUAUGACCUUGUCCUUCCAUAAUGCCUCUGAGGUGGACAUUGGCUUCUAUUCCUGCUUUCUUCAUACUUUCCCACAUGGAACCUGGGAAAAGGUGAUACAGGUGGUUCCAUCAGACGGUUUUGAGACAGCUGUGCCAUCAAAUAGCCAGACAGUCUCAGAACCUGGAAAAAACGUCACACUCACCUGCCAGCCUCGAGCGAAAUGGCUGUUACAAGAAGUUACAUGGGAAAAGAUCCAGCCCCAUCAGAUUGACCUCUUAACUAGCUGCAACUUGUCCCAAGGAAGAAGUUACACUUCAAAGUACCCAAGACAGAUACUGAGCAACUGCACCCAGGGAAUGAGGAGGGCCUUCAUCACCAUGCCCCACAUUAGGACCUCUGACUCAGGACUCUACCGCUGUGGCUUCAAAGCCAGCACAGGAGAAACUGAAACCUUCAUGACGAAACUGAUCGUAACUGAUGGUAAAACCAAUCACCAGUCCAUCCUCUUCGUGGCCGCAGGGACAGCUUUGUUGUUGCUGUUGAUUAUCCUAAUUACCACCGUCAUUGCCAUUCCUUAUAAGAGAAGGAGAAGGAGACAGAAAAGAGGCCUAUUUAAAGAGUACUGGGACACACAGAAUAGGGCAACCAACAACUACAGAAGUCCUGUCUCUGCCAAUCAACCUUCAGAUGGUGCAGGAGAGGAUAUUUAUGUCAACUACCCAACCUUCUCUCGUAGACCAAAGACUAGAGUCUAAGCUUUUCCCUUAAUCUGAGCAUAUUAAUGAUGACUGUUAUGCACAUGGAUCUUUAUACAAUUUCUUCCCACUAUUUAGUGUCUACCUUGGAUACUGGUUGACCAAAUUUAUUUCAUUUGACAGGAAAAAUACUGCCUUAACUAGAGAGCAUUCUUAACAGAAAUGUUUUAGAAAACCUGACUCUAAUUAGCUUACACAUAAGAGGAAACUUAUUGAAUCCUGUAAGGGAACAAUGAAGGGGAGAUCAAGCUUCAGGCAAGGGUUAUUUACCAGGGCUUAAAUAUUAUGUCUAGAAUUAAGUAUGGAUAUAAGACAGUUUCUGCAUGCCCUUUCACAGUGCUGGAUCCACUUCCGUGGUGUUAGCCUAACUCUCAUUCAGGCUUUUCCCUUGUGUUUCCAAGAUGACUGCCAACAACUCUUGGCAAUUCAUAAUCCUUGUUUCUGUCUGGUAAAGAGUUUGCUCUGAUAGAGCAAACACAUUUGGUUACUUGUCCAUCAUAAAACAGUCCUUAUGACCAGAAAGGAUGAAAUGGCUUAAGUCAGUUAAGGGCUCACCUCUAGAGCUAGGUAGGAGGGGGACCAAAGCACACUACUGGGAAAUUCAGAGUUUUAUUAGAAGAAGUAAAGGGGAGCCUGGAAGCUGGGCUGGUUGCCAACAAAUGCGGACUCUAAUGACCUUCCAAGACAUCUUCUGUUAGCCAGCUAAAAAGAGUAGGAGGGCAGGUCUAGGUUAGCUCUCUCCCUCUUCCCACUUCUAGAACCUACUCUGCCAGCUUGGUCCAGAAGAGUACUUGGCAGUAGAAUGACUAAAUGGUCAAGAGGAAGAUAAAUGUGGCAGGGAAAUCUCUUCCUUUGCUACUCUCAAAUAAAUUCAUUUCUGAUUUCAUAUAGAAUUUCACUAUCCCUGGUUUAACCUUAUGAGCAAGAGUAGUAGAUGAUCCAACAAUAACUUAAUUUUUUUAUAUUGAAGUUGUUAUACUUUUGAGAAUUAUUAUUAUUAUUUUAUUUUUUUGCGGUAUGCGGGCCUGUCACUGUUGUGGCCUUUCCCGUUGCGGAGCACAGGCUCCGGACGCACAGGCUCAGCAGCCAUGGCUCACGGGCCCAGCCGCUCUGCGGCAUGUGGGACCUUCCCGGACCGGGGCACGAACCCACGUCCCCUGCAUCAGCAGGCGGACUCUCAACCACUGCGCCACCAGGGAAGCCUGAGAAGUAUUUUUAAUAUAUAAUUUCUCUCAAAAGAGUCAGGUACCUAGGCAUUAUUAGUUUUUUUUUAAAUAAUUAUGUGAAAUUUAAAUACGAGAAAAAGAAUGAUAGUUGGAAGUGGUGGUAUAGGGUGGUAGGGUAGAAAAAAGAGGGGGCAAAGCACUGGGAGGGAGGGUUAGGGAAGGAGGAAAAGGGAUCAAAGAAUAGGAAGGUACAAAGAAACUUCUGUUGCUUCAAAGUUUGGCCAAAGACACAGUUUGGCCUAAUGUUAUGACUAACAGGGCAAUUAGAGACCAUGCCUGCCAUUGUCCAAAUUCUAGAUGCAGGCAACAAUGAAAAGUAUUUGUGAAACUCAGUAACGGUCAUGGUCACCUUGAAACCAUAAUGGUUUGGUAAUGACCAAAUAUAAUGAUCGUUUGUGUCUCUAAUACUUAUCUUUAAAAGAUUCUUAUUUCUAGGCAGUUCCCUCGUGGCCUAGUGGUUAGGAUUCUGGGCUUUCACUGCCAUAGCACAGGUUCAACCCCUACUUGGGGAACUGAGAACCUGCAAGUUGUGUGGCACAGCCAAAAAAAAAAAAAGAAAGAAAGAAAAAAAAGAUCCUCAUUUCUAAAAGGUUCAUCACAAUAGCUGCAUUUAGGUUUCAAAGUUGCAGACUUUUCAUGAUAAUCUAAAGCAAUCCCAAACCAAAUUCUCAUACUGUCUAGAUAGAUUCUUAAGCUGUAAUUGACAGUUUUAGCAGGCCAGUGGAUAUUUUAUGGUUUUAUCUUUAAAUACAUGCACGCCACAUAGUGAAGUUAUCUGUGAAUUACAGAAAUUGUGAAUGCCCCUACCUAUUUCAGAAGGGAAAAUGUAAAACCGACCACUCCCAGUUGUACUUACGUACAUGCAAUGAGAGUUAGCUCUCAUUUUUAUUUUGUUUGCUUAUAGAUCUUUACAUCUGGAUUCAAGAAGUGUUUCCACAAAUAUAUUUGUAACAAAGUUGGAAGGCAGUUUUACAAGAAAACCAUCUACUGUUUUGUUGACUAUAUCAGAUCAAUGAAAGUUUCCAUGGCUGAAUCUAUCAAUUUGCAUGGUGAAGCAAACUUAACAUCCUUUAAAAGAUAAAUGACUUCUUUUCCCUAAAAGUUAAUAAAAAUAUUACUUUCUAGAAGAUUCUGAUAACCAAAUCCUCAAUGACUAAUGUAGGUAAGAAGUAAAACAUUUCUACCAUUACAAUAUGGUUUCAGGGAAGAUUUUUGUGGCAAACCCCUUACGUGUUGCAAAGCCUCCAGAACACUUGAAACUCAUCUCUUUUUCCAUGGGUGUUUUAACCUUUUAUAAAAAUCUCUCACUCAAAAUACUUAUGAGAACUAUUUACUCUGUCCCUUCUUUUCUAUAAAUUCUUCCUCUGCAGGGCUCAGAAUAUUUUCGGGGAUUUGGAACCUUCCUAAGUCCUGCUGAAAUUUCUCUGAUCUCCUCUACUGAUCCUGCUACACUGUCAGCUGUUAUGCUGAUGAAAUUCCAUUCAUUCAUUUUCUUUCUUUGGAUAGUCUAUUUAACAAAUCACUUUCAUUGUAGUCUCUUUAAUAUUAUACCUAACUUGCUGGAGUUAUGAACUCUACCUAAUAUAUAUAAAAGACUAUGCUUGCUCUCUCUCUCUCUCUCUCUCUCUCUCUCUAUGUGUAUAUAUAUAUAUAUAUAUAUAUAUAUAUACACACACACACACACUAUGUAUGGUAUCUAUAGUAGGUAUAUGGUAUAUAUAUAGUAUAUGUGUAUAUAUAUAUGUACCUACAAACACACAUGUAUAUAUUUUUUCCCUAAUCUGUUGUACCUACUAUUCCAGUUGUUACUAAGGAAACAGAUCAAAACAGAUCCACGGAAUGAAAGGUCAGACUUGAAUUAAAUUAUGUUUUAAAUCUUUUUUUGCAAGGUGUUAUUUAGGAAACAAGAUGCUUCCUAAGAUUCUUUUUUACAUAUAUAAUUUAUACUGAUACAUAAUACAUUAAAUAAUAAUCUGUGUUUCCUUUGAAUGCCCUUAUUUUAGUAUUUACAUUAAAGUAACCAGUUACAAGGAAUGCUGUGUGAUGACAAGGUAGGUAAGUUUGUUGAAUGUCAUUAUAGAGUACACAGUUUUGUCAGGGAAAGAAUACAUCUUAUUAACCUACAAUGAUUAGGGUAUUGAUUAUAUUAUCAUCAGAGAGACCUUGGAACAUUAUUUAAAAGCCUUUAUGCAUGCUGAGAAAAUCGCAUAGGAAUUUCAUUAGCUUGUAAUCAUGCUUAUAUGGGUGGGAGGCAGGUGGAUGAGAUUAGCGUUUUCAGUUAGUAAAUAUUCACAUUUAUUCACAGUUUAUUACUAAAAUAUUAUACAUAUAAAUUUAAAAUACUUUGAUUAUCAAUUUACAAGAUAAAGUAAAAUAAAAAUAAUUUAAAUAGGUUUACUUUUAUUGUAAACAUACAAGUUAUGUUUGUUUGUAUAGAACUAUGUUAAAAAAUAACUACAGCUACAUUACAGUAAUUUUCCAAAUUGGUAGAGUCCACAUCGUAAUUAGAAAUCACUGUAAUCAAAAUGCUUCUCCUUGAUUUUUUUUUUCUUCUCCUUGAUUUUUAAUAACAUGCUGUAUUUUGUACUGCUGGUGUGAAUGUCAACAAGAUUGAAGAUAAUGUAGAAUACAGAUGCUUAUAUAGUGAGAAUGAAGGUGCUAAACAGUGAGUACAAAGUUUAGCUUCUUUCCACAGUAGAGUUAAGAAAAUAUCUUUGAAAAAUAUAAAACAAUAGAAACAUGUAAUACCAUUAUUUUAUUCUCAUCAUUAGUUAGGCCACUAUUAGAAUGUAGUGUCUAGAAAGUAUUGACCUUCACAUGCAGGUUUUUGCGUAAAUUAAUACACUUUUCCACUGGUUUGUUCAUUGGAUUAUUCUAAGUCAAGUCUCUAGGCUCUUAUACAUUUAUGAAGUAAAAAUAAGCAUUUUUUUAAACUUUUCUAUUGCUAGUGAUCCGAUAGGUAGAACUAUGGCUUCUAGAAUUAACUGCAAUGCUUUCUUAAAAAAUUUUACAAGUCUUCAAGGUUGGAUUACAUAUUAUGUUUUUCGAGAUUUAAAGCACUAUGUUGUAAGGUGUUGUAAGAAAAGAUCUAAUUUGGGGGUAUGGGUGAUAAAUGUCUGGAAUAAUCCCCAUUUAUUGCCUAUUGUCCCUGUUUGAAUGAUAAGUAACAUAGUCACCCUCUUUAGAACAUUUUUUUCCGGAUUUAUAUGUAAUUUCAGACUUGGGUUUUGUAAGGCAUGCAAAUGUUUACCUUGAUAUACUGUAUUCUGUUGUUUGAAUGAAUAAAAUGUAGAGC